AGCUCGUCGAGGGCUUGAUUUCUCCACUCCAACACAACAGAAUGGUUUUACAAGCUACUCCAUGCCAACGGUUCCACCAGUAACUCAACAAACGGUUCCACCAAUGGUUCCACAAAUGGUUCCACCAGUAACUCCACAAAUGGUUCCACGAAUGGUUCCACCAGUAACUCACCAAACGGUUCCACCAAUGGUUCCACCAUUAACUCCACGAACAGUUCCACCAAGGGUUCCACCAGUAACUCAACAAACGGUUCCACCAAUAGUUCCACCAACGGUUGCUGCAGCCAGAGAAGCUGAAGUACAGCAGAUGAUCCAAACAUUCACUGACAAUCUGCAAAUCGCUUCAAACUCAGACAGAGAUACUGGAGCCCUCGAUACCACCAGUGCUGCACAGAUAAUCAAACCAACCAGCAUGAGCCUCCAGGUUUGCCCUUGUGGCUGGUCCAAAGUCACAACCAACAAGGGCCUGCGGAUUCACCAGGGGAAGAAAGAAUGCAAACGAAGAGGAGACAGAAUCCCUAAUAAUUCACAACUUAAAGCUCCUCAAGUAACAGACUCGACAUCUCCAAUCCAGGUAGCAGAAAAGCCAGAGGGUGAACAGAACAUCAGGAAAAAUCUAGGGAGAAAAUCUCUUCAAAGGGAGAGCAGUCCAAAGAACAGCACUCCCAUCAAAGCAGAGCCUCUCCAGACGUCAACAACACCAAUUUUGGGCAACCAAGCAAAUCCUUCAAUCACAAAGGUCAAAGUGGAGGAGACAAACCAAACAUUGUUUCAAACCCCAACGCAAGCUCUUGGUAGCGACACCAGAGCUCAUCGAGCGCUUGAUUUCUCCACUGGAGCAAAACAGGUGGAGAAGUGGUCUAAUGCAACAAACACAGCUCAGGAAUUGUCAAAGAAAGAGAGGGACGAACAGAAACUAGCAAAGACAAAGCAAGAUAAGAUAAGAGCUGAUUUGCAAAUGAGGAUUCAAAUGAUGGAACAAAAGAUGGCCGAGAUCAAAUCCUCUGAAAAAGCCUGCAAGGGGAGUUUGGAUGCUGAAUGGGUUGAGAUCAACGAUGUGUUCUCUGCUGUGAAAAGAGUCGUGGACGAGGCUCGACUAAAAGCCCUGAAACCUCUGGAGGAGAGGAGGAAGAGAGUGAAGAGGGAAACACAAGACCUGGUCCAGAAACUUCAAAAAGAAAUCGACAAACUGAAGAAGACCAUUGAUGAGCUGGACCAAAACAAAGAUCCAGGGGUCUCUCAUCUCCUGGAACCUCAAUCUUGGGAAAGAGAAACUGUGGACACUUCAUUCUCCUUCAGUACACUCAGAGCUACAACCUCCAAAAUGAUCCAAGAGAUUCAGGAGAAAGUGGAAAAACUCUCCUCCACUGAACUCAAGAGGACUUCCAAGUUUGCAGGCAAAAUUAAAGCUCUUCUCCUGACUGCCAUCAUCAUCAUUUUCAUCCUAGCUCUUGCUCAUGAGGACAAAAAAGUACCCUCCAACAUAGAGCUCUCCCAGAUGAGGACAAACACCAAAGCAUACGAAGCUUUCACCGAACAACACAUCAUCUCAGAGAGCUUCGACAGGAACUCUUUGCAGGAGUGGGCAAGUUACCUUGAGGGUAAAUACCUCUGCGGCAGAACUCCCACUCAAUCCUUCAUUGACGCCAGUGCAGCAGAUGUCAAGAAGAUCUGUUCCUCCUCCGGCUGGCUUGUUGAAGAUGCUCCUGUGCUUCAGAGUGACUUCUGCAUGAGUGGUUCAACCAUGACGGUCUAUCAGGUUGAAUCGGACACUUGUUGCAAUGUUUUAAGUGCAAUACGCUCCGAUCACUAUGUGACCGUUAGAUGUGCGAACCUUGGCGGACUUUACCUGCCCAUCCAUUAUGAAGCUUACAGAAACCAAAGGCCUGCACAAAAACACUGCACUCCUCCAUGGAUCGAUCAGUCAAUCAAGACUGAUUUAUAAAGCGCCUUUCAUUCAAAUCAAAUGCAAUUCAAAAAGCUUUACAGGGGUUGGAAAAAUAAAUAAAACAAUAGAAUAUUAAGAUAAAUUUAAAGUGACAAUAAAAUGAUAAAUUAUAUGAAGUUAUCAAAAACCUACAUAAAGGCAAGACUAAAUAGAUAGGUCUUUAAUUUACUUUCACUAACAAGACCACUUCCUUGUUCGUCAUGAAUAUAUCUGUAACACGACCCACUGUAGUUUGAAAUAAAACCACAUCAUUGAACAUAAAACAAAACCAUGCCAUAGUACAGUUUUAAGAAUUGUAUUUAAGUAAGUUAAAAGGUCAAA